GGUUUAUUUAAAGAGAGAGAAAGUGUGAAGGGCCAGCCGGGUUGUGAACUGGUUUUCUGAUCCUCCCUCUCUCUACCUAUUUCUCUCUCAAAACACAUAUUUUCUUUUGUAGAUGAAACAGUCCGAGACUAGUAUUAUUCAUACUUCUAGUCUAGCUCUAAAAUUGAUUGGAGUAAUGAUGUGGAGAGAGAAAAACAGAGGUUGAGAGAGAGUGUGUGUAUUAAUGAAUGAUUACUUGUGUUGUGGGUUUGGUUGUUUGGCUUGAUUUUCCUCGUAUUUGAUGGGUGGUUUGGAGGGGGAAGAAGUAUUGAAAAAGGAGAAAGAUGGGAUGCCCAACUGAGAGAAAUGGGAGCAGCUCUGCUUCCAUUUGCUCUCCCCCUAUUGAAAGAAACUUUGCUUUAAACACCACUCUUUGAGCAAAAUCUCUCUCUCUCCCUCUCUCUCUCUCUCUCUCUCUCUCUCUCUGUACAUUAACUCAAACAGAACGAAAACAACAACCAACCAGAAGCAGAACAAUUUACUCUGUUUCGAACAAAUCACCACUCAAAUCAAUGAAGAGACUUGGCAGUCCAGAUUCUUUGGGUGCUUUGAUGUCCAUCUGUCCUGCGUCAACAGAGGAGCACAGCCCUGUAUACGGAAGGGAGUUCCAAACCAUGUUAGAAGGCCUAGACGAAGAAGGAUGCGUGGAAGAAUCCGGCCAUGUCUCUGAAAAGAAACGGCGAUUGAGCGUGGAUCAAGUCAAGGCACUGGAGAAGAACUUCGAAGUGGAAAACAAGCUCGAACCGGAGAGGAAAGUGAAGCUGGCUCAAGAACUCGGGCUGCAGCCCAGACAGGUGGCUGUCUGGUUCCAGAACCGCCGCGCGCGGUGGAAAACCAAGCAGCUCGAGAGAGACUACGGCGUGCUCAAAGCCAGUUUCGAUGCUCUCAAGCAUAAUUACGAGAAUCUCCAACAUGAUAACGAUGCUCUGCUCAAGGAGAUUAAAGAACUGAAAUCAAAGCUGAAGGAAGACAACACCGAAACCAACGUAUCCGUCAAAGAGGAGCAACUCCCUUCAGAUUCCGAAAACAGAGUCAUCACAGAACAGAGCACUGCGCCGCCGCUCGCCGCCGACCGCCUCCACGGCGAAAAAAUUGGCGCCCCGAUCUUCCCCGAUUUCAAAGACGGUUCUUCGGACAGCGACUCAAGUGCGAUUCUGAACGAGGAGAACAACAACAGCAGCCCCACCGCGGCCUCCAUUUCCUCCGCGGCCAACAACGGCGGCGGCAGCGCUCUGUUUCCGGCGAUGAUAAAGUUCGGCGGCGGCUCGUCGUCGAUGAAUUGUUACAACUUUUCGGAGUCUAAAGCGAGUAACAUGGGGGUGGCGUACCAGCCCCAGUUUGUGAAGAUCGAGGAGCACAAUUUUUUCAGCGGGGAAGAGGCCUGUAACUUCUUUUCCGACGAGCAAGCGCCGACCCUCCAGUGGUAUUGCUCUGAUCAGUGGAGUUAGUGGAAAACCAAGAUCACACUGCUAUCGAAAUAAAGAUGAGAGAUUCGUGGGAGGUGCGGGCAAAUUUUGUAAAAUUGGGAAAAGUGUGGUGGGAGUUUGUAAUUAACUUUGGGUGGGGUUGUAAAAAUUGAGGGGGAGAGAGAGGGGGAGGAAAGAGAGAGGGGAGGCUAAUGGGUAGAAGUCGACCGCAGCGGUAACGAUGGAGGCGGUGGCAUGUAGUGGUAGUUGUGUGGGAAUGGAUAGGUGACACUAAAGGAGUCAAUCUUGGCGCUGCCCGAUCCGUCCCGUUGCCAUCCCGACUUGUUUCGAUCCGUCCCGUCUUGUUUCGAUGCGUUCCGUUGCCAUCCCGACUUGUGGCCGUGUGGGGAAUGAUUAGGUCUUAUAAAGUGAACUCUCUCUUUUUUAACAAUAUGCACUGUUAAGAAGCAGUAAAAAAAAAACAAAAAAAAAAAAAAGAAGAGAAGGGGGGCUUCAACCCAUGAGGAUUAACAAAUAAAUAUGUGGAAUGGUGAAAUGUUCUUUGGCUCCCUUUGUUUAA